AUGGAGCCUGUGGUGGACGCCCGUGGGCACGUCAGCUUCCGCUUCCGACACGCGCGUGUAGUGCCUGCGGCGGUGUUUGGCGCCAAGACCGCGCCGCGUGUCACCGUCCUCAACAUGGCCCACAACAAGCUGAUGGGCUUGCCCGAGGGCUUGACCUUACUCUCUGGACUGCGCGAGCUAGACAUGUCACACAACUCUCUCUCGUUGCUCAGAUCGGACGAGAUUGUCGACCAAACAGUGGCGAUCGCGUCGACUAGCGCCGCAAGGGCGGCGAAGAAGAGUCGCCGCGGCAAGCAGCGAAAGAAGGGCAAGGCGCGAGGGCAGGGGCCAUCCGCAGAUGCUGAUCUUGACCUGCUGCAGCUACCGGUCUUGAUCCAAGUGGUUCGACUCUCACACAACAGACUGCACCGGGUCCCACGGUGUUUGCUCGCGCUUGACGAGCUCAUCGAGCUGGAUCUCAGCUGUAACUCGAUCGACUCGUUGUCCGCUGAGGGCGCGAGUCUGGCAAACUGCACUUCGCUGCAGGUCUUGCGGCUGGCUGGCAAUGCACUGUAUACCAUCGAUGCUGAGUGGAUGGCGUCGCUUCCGGCAUCGCUGCGGAUCCUCGACCUCUCACGCAACGAUCUGGUGGCGCUGCCGUCCAGUGUGCGGACGCUGGAGCAGCUUAGUGUGCUCAAUGUGAGCCACAACCGGCUCGUUGCGCUUCCGGUGGAAGUUGGUGGCAUGCGCGUGCUGCGCGAACUGGAUACCAGCCACAACCGGCUCGUGCGGCUGCCGUCGACGCUUCUCGGCCUGAGGCAUGUGCUGCAGCGGCUCAACAUCAGCUUCAACCCUGAGCUGCUCCGUACACGAUACGGGGUUGCCGAGGAGGAGGCGCACUCAUGUGUGGCUCAAGUUAUGGAUGUGAUGGCCGGUGGCGAGGCAAAGGUAGUGGCCGUCGAGUCUGCGGUUGACGGGAGUGACGGGAGCGAAGAAGCCGCCGAGACCUCCACAUUUGAGUGGGAGGAGGGCAAAGGCGAGUCUGAGGCCGACUUCUGGAGGUAUGGUGUUGAGGCCGAGGCCGAGGAUGGUGUCGAGGGCUGGGGUGAUGGCGCGGAGGCCGAGAUCGAGGGCUGGGGCGACGAUUAUGGUGAGCUUGAGGCCGAGGUCGAGGUCGAGGCCGAGGGCUGGGGCGACGAUUAUGGUGAGGUCGAGGCCGAGGUCGAGAUCGAGGGCUGGAGUGACGAUGAUGGCGAUGCUGGGGUCGAGGCCGAGGGCUGGAGUGGCGAUGAUGGUGAGGCCGAGGUCGAAGCCGAGGUCGAGGCCGAAGGCUGGGGCGACGAUUAUGGUGAGGUCGAGACCGCGGUUGAGGCCGAGGGCUGGGGCGACGAUGAUGGCGAGGCCGAGGUCGAAGCCGAGGUCGAGGGCUGGAGUGACGAUGAUGGUGAGGCCGAGGCCGAGGUCGAGGCCGAGGUCGAGGGCUGGGGCGACGAUGAUGGUGAGGCCGAGGUCGAAGCCGAGGUCGAGGGCUGGAGUGACGAUGAUGGUGAGGCCGAGGUCGAGGCCGAGGUCGAGGGCUGGGGCGACGAUUAUGGUGAGGUCGAGGCCGAGGUUGAGGCCGAGGGCUGGGGCGACGAUGAUGGUGAGGUCGAGGCCGAGGUCGAGGCCGAAGGCUGGGGCGGCGAUUAUGGUGAGGUCGAGGUCGAGGUCGAGAUCGAGGGCUGGAGUGACGAUGAUGGCGAUGCUGGGGUCGAGGCCGAGGGCUGGGGCGACGAUGAUGGUGAGUUCGAGGCCGAGGUCGAGGCCGAGGGCUGGAGUGACGAUGAUGGCGAUGCUGGGGUCGAGGCCGAGGGCUGGGGCGACGAUGCCAAGAGCCGGGACAGCAGUGAGGUCGAGGCUGGGGCCGAGGGCCACAGCUACAAUUCCGAUCUAAGAGGCAAUGCCAAAGCCGAAGCCGCCGGCCGGGGAGCUCAUACCAAGGAUAAGGCCAAGACUGCGCCCGAGGCCCGUCUAUUGAUGGCGAUCCAGCAGCUGGCAACGUCGAUGUCGAUUGCACGGUAGCGGCUGUGGCGCGGCACAGCAGAGUCGCAGUCAGUCCUAGAUCGCAGCGCAGGCUUAGCUCUGCAGCCUCAUUUGAUUCCUACCCAUAUUCUGUCACGCCGCAACCUCGCUCCGACUCGCGACGCCACACGGAGCGCGC